AUGGCUAAGGAAUUGAUAGAAGAUAAGAUAUUCUAUUGCAAAGACACAGAAGUAGAAUUAUUUGCUCACUGCUUCAUUGUGAAAUCCCGCGGUAUAAGCUUCGAUAGGAAAGCAUGUGGUAGAGGCUACAAGUUACACGUGAUUCAAAACCGCGAGGAGAUCAAAUGGGUUUCUGGUAAUGGUUUGCACAUUCACGAAUUCCCAAAAGUGAAGGGACAAAUGAUCGUUGAAGAGUUGAGCGAUCAGUUGACCAUUUUUGCAGCGGUUUUUGGUGAUCGACACAAGGAACUAUGGAUAGGAAAUAUAGGCAAGGCUGGCGUACACCUUGCACCUGUUCGAGAUCCACGGCCGAUGUUCAAAGGUUACGCUCAGCAUAAUUUUGUUUCUGUGACUUAG